GGGGCGCGGGCCGCGCUCCCGGGCUGCCCCGGGCACUGGCCCAGCCGCAGGAGCCCGCGCUCAGGCUCCCGGCCAUGGGGCGGCGGUCCCCCGCGCUCCGGCCGCUGCUGCUGCUGCUGCUGCCGCCGCUGCUGCCCCGGGCGCUGCGCGGGGAGCCCUGCCCCGAGCCCUGCAGCUGCCCGCCCGACGGCGCCCUGCGCUGCCCCGGCCCGCGGGCCGGCCUCAGCCGACUAUCACUCACCUAUCUCCCUAUCAAAGUAAUCCCAUCUCAAGCUUUCAGAGGACUUAAUGAGGUCAUAAAAAUUGAAAUCUCUCAGAGUGAUUCCCUGGAAAAGAUAGAAGCUAAUGCCUUUGACAAUCUCCUCAACUUGUCUGAAAUACUGAUCCAGAACACUAAAAAUCUGGUGUACAUUGAGCCUGGAGCAUUUACAAAUCUCCCCCGGUUAAAAUACCUGAGCAUCUGUAACACAGGCAUCCGAAAGCUUCCAGAUGUUACGAAGAUCUUCUCCUCUGAAUUUAAUUUCAUUCUGGAAAUUUGUGAUAACUUACACAUAACCACCGUACCAGGAAAUGCUUUUCAAGGGAUGAAUAACGAAUCCAUAACACUAAAACUAUAUGGAAAUGGAUUUGAAGAAAUACAAAGUCAUGCAUUCAAUGGGACAACGCUGAUUUCCCUGGAGCUAAAGGAAAACGCGCACCUGGAGAAGAUACACAAUGGCGCCUUCCGGGGGGCCACAGGGCCUAGCAUCUUGGAUAUUUCUUCCACUAAACUGCAGGCCCUGCCUAGCUAUGGGCUGGAGUCCAUUCAGACACUAAUUGCCACAUCAUCCUAUUCUCUGAAAAAACUGCCAUCAAGAGAAAAAUUUACCAGUCUCCUGGAUGCCACAUUGACUUACCCCAGCCACUGCUGUGCUUUUAGAAACUUGCCAACAAAAGAGCAGAAUUUUUCAUUUUCCAUUUUUAAAAACUUUUCCAAACAAUGUGAAAGCACAGCAAGGAGACCAAAUAAUGAAACACUUUAUUCUGCCAUCUUUGCUGAGAGUGAACUGAGUGGCUGGGAUUAUGACUAUGGUUUCUGCUUACCCAAGACACUCCAAUGUGCUCCUGAACCAGAUGCUUUUAAUCCCUGUGAAGAUAUUAUGGGCUAUGACUUCCUUAGAGUACUGAUUUGGCUGAUUAAUAUUUUAGCCAUCACGGGAAAUGUGACUGUCCUCUUUGUUCUCCUGACCAGUCGUUAUAAACUGACAGUGCCCCGCUUUCUCAUGUGCAACCUCUCCUUUGCAGACUUCUGCAUGGGGCUCUACCUGCUACUCAUUGCCUCAGUUGAUGCCCAAACCAAAGGCCAGUAUUAUAACCAUGCCAUAGAUUGGCAGACAGGGAGUGGAUGUAGCGCUGCUGGCUUCUUCACUGUAUUUGCAAGUGAACUUUCUGUCUACACCCUCACAGUCAUCACACUAGAAAGAUGGCACACCAUCACCUAUGCUAUUCAGCUGGACCAAAAGCUGCGAUUAAAACAUGCCAUUCCGAUUAUGCUUGGAGGAUGGCUCUUUUCUACUCUAAUCGCCAUGUUGCCUCUUGUGGGUGUCAGCAAUUACAUGAAGGUCAGCAUUUGCCUCCCCAUGGAUGUGGAAACCACUCUCUCACAGGUCUACAUAUUAACCAUCCUGAUGCUCAAUGUAGUGGCCUUCAUCAUCAUUUGUGCUUGCUACAUUAAAAUUUAUUUUGCAGUUCAAAAUCCAGAGCUGAUGGCUACUAACAAAGAUACAAAGAUUGCUAAGAAAAUGGCAGUCCUCAUCUUCACCGAUUUCACCUGCAUGGCACCAAUCUCUUUCUUUGCCAUCUCAGCUGCCUUCAAAGUGCCCCUUAUUACAGUAACCAAUUCUAAGGUUUUACUGGUUCUUUUUUAUCCUGUCAAUUCGUGUGCCAAUCCGUUUCUGUAUGCAAUUUUCACAAAGGCAUUCCGAAGGGAUUUCUUUCUGUUGCUGAGCAAAUUUGGCUGCUGUAAAUAUCGAGCUGAACUUUACAGGAGGAAGGAUUUUUCAGCUUAUACCUCCAACUGCAAAAAUGGCUUCACUGGAUCAAAUAAGCCUUCCCAGUCUACCUUGAAGGUGACCACAUUACAAUGUCAAUAUUCAGCUGUCCUGGACAAGACUUGCUGUAAGGAGUGUUAA